AUGGAACACCGUCGUCAUCCAGCUAGUACGUGGUGGUGCGCCUUGGCCGCGAUGGCGUGCACCGUAGCAGCGUGUUCGGGCGCCAACGUACCGCCGUCGUCUACCGUUACGGACCUGCUGUGGACCGGACUGGAAGGCGUCAUCCAGCAGAGGAGCGGGCUAAAAGCCGAGGCGAAACAAGUGCCGGAAAAACGGUGCGAGUGCCAAAGCCCGGAGCUCAAGUCGUGCGUGUGCUGCCUGAGGAUGAGCCUGCCGUUCCUGGACUUGACCACGUCUCCGGGCUGUGUCAAGUUCAAGUACGUGCCGGACAUCGAGUCGAUAGCCGUGAACGUGACUUACGGAAAAGGCAACGUCCAGAACGGUGUCAUCAAGGGAAAUAACCCAGAACCCGUGUGCAUGGACGUGCUGGUCGGAUUCGGUCAACUGUGCGCUCGAUUCGUGGGCAAUUCGUCUACACCAAAAGACUUUGACGGUUGUCUAAAGUUAGAAGCUACCUUAUUAAAUGAAGUGCAGAACUCCAUUCCCAUGGGAUGCUUUAAAAUGGACCAAAAUCGAUUAAUCUUCAACUCUACAGUAUUCGAUGUGCCGGGAGAGCAGUCCAGCAACAGUACGGAAUCGGGUGAAGAAGAAGAAGAAGAAGAAGAGGGCGAGGAAGAGGGUGAAGGUGUAGACCCCAGCGAAGAGGCGUUCAUACAGGCGUUUGGACAGACGGCCGUACAGGGCGUCACUUGGCUGGUGCAAGCUAUGGGACUGAACUUGAACCAGUCAACAAACGCUGGAACCACCGCUGCACCGACUGGUCAACAACCACCCACGCCCGCGAACGUUUGA